CACUUUUCCCCCUCUCACCUUCCACUCUUCUUCAGCAACUGCGGAAUCGUCCCUUCAUUCUCGAUCGUCACUCGUUCAGCGCGCGCGCAUCCAGCACUCAAGACUCUGAUCACUCGGUAUUCCCAUCUUUCUUCUUGCCCCUUGUUGUCGACUUGUCGGUAUUAUCACGACGUUCCGUCGCGUGGUGGGGUGAUAACCCUAUCGCAAGAUGAUCGCGCGGUCUGGCACCUCGCGAUACCUUCGCGGGGCACCACUUCGCCAGGCGCCGGAUCUUGUCACCACAUAGCGGCUCUGCGCGCAUCGUCGGGGCUUCAUUCGAGCUCUCACUCGUACCUCGUCGUCGUUGUCGUAAAGCCCUUGCUGGACCCCCUCGUCCCCUCCCCUGUUCUGUGCCCCGCGCCCAUGGGUUACGGUUAAUACUCUCUCAUCUUGCGCAUCGUCUAACCAUCCACGCUAGGUUAUCUCUUCGACCGCCACAAUGUCUGACAACGGUUAUGGUAUCGGCUGCAUUCCCAUGCGUAAAGGCCACGAGGAGCCUUGCGUUGUCAUGAACGAGGAGCCCUGCGUCGUCAUGAACGAGGAGCCUUGCGUUGUUAUGCGCACCGAGAAGAAGGGCCGCAAGGUCAAUGUGAUGCUGAUGGCCGCUGCCAUCUCUGCCCUCGGCGUUACCGGUGCCAACGCUCAGAUGGGUUAUGGCAGCGCCGGUGCCGUGACUGGCUCCAGCUCUGGUGCCUGUGUCUCUAGCGCCUCGGCUUGCGUUCCCACCACUAUCACUGUCACGCCUUCGGUCAGCGCCGCUGCCGACCAGACCACCGCCGAGGUCGAUGGUGUCCAGGGCAGCGCCUCCUCCACCAGCGGCGAUACCAUGACUUACAUCACCAAGACUUCCACUGCCACUUUGACCCAUACCGCUACCUUCGUCAAGGCUAGCCAGCCCGCCGGCAACGCUACUGUCACUGCCACUCAGCAUAACGGCACCACCACUGAGACGGCCAUCGCUAUGACCGGCACUGGUACCGGUGUCUCUUCUUGGGCCACCGGACCCUACCACUCUGCGGCCAACGGCACCUAUGCUUCCCCGACCGCCACUCUUGGCCAUCCUCAGCACGCCGGUGCUUCAACCUCUUCCAGCGUGAGCUACACUCACCUCGCUGUGGCGCUCUUUGCUUCUGCUGCCCUCGGUGCUGUCCUUGGCGCCUAAUCGACCUUUUAGGUUAUGGUAUCGCCGUCACACCCUAGGAUUUUGAGUGUUUCUCUCUUUCGAU